GGGAAGAGUUUUUCAAGAUAGGCCACUUCAUUAGGUACAGCUGCACGUCAAGUUGAGUCAAAAUAUGAGAACCGGUUCUUAAAUCUCAAGUUAAGUGUAUAAUUAAAACUGUAUUUUUCACCACCAUGUUCCACAGGUGUACCUAAUAAAGUGUCCCAGGAGUGCAAUUCCUUGCAACAUAUUCAUUGUGCAUACGUUUUCAUUUCUGCAUCGACAAAAAAAAUAAAAAUAAAAACAUUUUAAAAAGCCAAAUAAGGGAUGUUAGUCUUUUGGAAUCGCAUCCCCACUUUAUUGCAGAUUUUUCUGCAAUAAUUUGUGUGUGUAUGUUGAAAUAAACUUUCAACGUGUUUAAAAGGUGCGGUUAAAUAUGUUUAAAGUGUGGGGGGGGGGGGGAGAAUUAUAAGUCUUAAACUAUUUAAAAUAUUUUCAAUAUAGUCUUUUUUAUAUAUGGUGAAUGUUCAUCUAUAUUGCAGGUGGGUCUGGAACGUAACUCCCGCGAUAAACGGGGGAACACUGUAUUAUUCACAUCUGUGAUUCACCUGCUUCAGCACAAGUGUUUUCCACUUUUUGACCUUGGACACGAGGAAUGAUGUACAGUCAUCUUGUUGUUGCUGCAAUUAUGUGGUGUGUAUGUGUGUGUGUGUGUGUGUGUGUGUGUGUUGCGGUGUUUAGUUUGCUAGCUAGCUAUCCCUACACCCCGAAAAUGCCCCUUUAGAGCGCCUUGUUGUCGACCGUGAUUGCACGCGCAUCAGGGAGAGAAGGUGGAAGAGCAAGCCAGGAGAUGGAGAACAAGGCCAUGUACUUAAGUACAUACGAGGAGCGGGAGAGCGCGUCCAUGUAUGAGGACGCCUACGACGGACACAACCUGUCCAAGCUCAACCUGUGUGAUGAAGGUUCUGGAAAGCGGCGCAGGAAACAGGAUCAGUGUUGCGCUCAACUCAAUUCUCUGGCGGCCAUCAAGUACGCCAUCGUGUCGCUCUACGUGCUCGUGCUGCUCACAAUCUUCGGACUCUCCCUGGCAGUGUCUCGCUCCCAGUCGUGGUCGCAGCGGCAGCAGGUGCUGAUGGAGAACGUCACCCAGAUCUCGGAGCGCUCUCGGCUUCUCCAGCAGACACUGGGCGAGGCGCCCGAUCGGGCCGACCUCCUGGAGAACAUCUGGAAGCUGGAGAAUCUCUUCCAGAACCACAGCGACAGGCUGCAAAAGCUAGAGGGUCUCAUCAAGAGCCUGGAAGUGGAGUUGAGAAGCAUGCAAGCUCACUCCCUGCAGUCCGAAGGCUACCUGGUGCAGUUGGACGACCGGCUGUCGUCAUUCAGUAGCUCCGCUGGUAGGAACCUGACGGGCCUGACUGCCGAGGUGGCGCGCACCUCCACUUGGCUCCACGACCAGAACCUGCUGCUCAGGGAGACCUCUGGUCAGGUUAGAGGGCUGACAGACAAGUUGGACGAGGUUCACUGGAUGGUGGGAGCUGUUAAUCACACUGUCAGCAAUGACAUCAAUAUUCAUCACUUGAAAAUACACGAUCUGCAGAUUCAGAUCAGCAACAUCACGGAGGACACGUCCAGUCUGUGGGUGACCCACGUCCACACGGAGGCGCAGCUGAGGAACGAGAUGGAGAUCUUGAACACUGUCACAGAGGACCUGCGCCUCAAAGGCUGGGAGCACUCCUUGGCCCUGAAAAACAUCAGCUUCAUAGAAGGACCUCCGGGGCCAAAAGGAGAGAAGGGUGACAAUGGGCCACUGGGGCACCCCGGAGCCACCGGAUUAACGGGUUUAAGAGGCUUUUCCGGAGAAAAGGGCAUCCAGGGUCUUCGAGGUAUCAAAGGAUCCAGUGGUGACGAUGGCAGUCAAGGAGAAAAAGGAGAAAUUGGACCUGCUGGACCAAAAGGGGAACGAGGAGAGCGAGGGAUGAAAGGAGAUAAGGGUGACGGAGGAGUAAAAACAGUGGAGGACACCCUGGUGCGACUGGUGAAUGGGUCGGGCCCCCACGAGGGCCGCGUGGAGGUCUUCCACGAGCGGCGCUGGGGGACGGUGUGCGAUGAUGUGUGGGACAAGAAGGACGGCGACGUGGUGUGCAGGAUGCUGGGAUACCGAGCGGCCGCCGAGGUCCACAAGACGGGACGCUUCGGACAAGGCAGCGGCCUGAUCUGGAUGGACGAUGUAGCGUGCACGGGCUCCGAGGACGCCAUCCACGAGUGCAAGUUCUCCGGUUGGGGCAAAACCAACUGCGGCCACGUGGAGGACGCCAGCGUCACGUGCCUCGUCUAACGGAACUUGGACCACCUCACAAACACACAGGUUCCGCUACUUUGGUGCUGGACACGUUGUCGCAGUUGUUGCUAUUAGCGCAGCUAAGUGGGACCGUGUUUACGUUGAUGGAUGGAUGUCGAGACUUUCAAAGGAGAGACCCAGCUUGGAAUCGAACCUCCAUUUUGCGGCAGCCGAUGCCGCCGCUUUGCCUACAUCGCCGCCCACGUGAUGAGCUUGUAAAGAUUUCGAAUCUUCUGAUCUUCACCGUUUUGUGCCUUACUCUUGAGGGCACAAGCACGCCAGUACGAGGAUCCUCAUGAAAUAGCUCCCUUUCUUGUACUUUGUAAUUUGUCUUCAUUAUUACUAUUCUGACCACUAAAUGGCUUUUAGGAGGACUUACAACAUACUAAAAAAGUCACCAGAUAUUCCAAACGCAAUGACGAAAUGCAUCAAAAUCAUGAACUCAUUCACUGCCAGCCGUUUUAGAGCAUUUUGACUCAUCUUUCAAGACACACGGAAUAUUGUGUUCUGUGACAAUAUAAGCACUAAACCUGCCAAAAGAAACGCAAGACUCUCUUCUUUCACCAGAAAAAGUUUGUUUUUAGCUUUCUCCGUUCUUUAGUAAUCAGCGGUAGAGCAUGCCUUUGUUUCUGACUAAAAAGUGGAGAAAACAAGUGUUUUGUGUGGGAAGAAACGUCAAGCAGAACAGUGACUUUUACGCAAAUAUGUUGUGCUUUUAUGACACAUCAAACUAUAAAACAACAAAAACAAGACAGAGAAACAGCUUUUGAUUGCAAAAUGAUCAUUUAUUUACAGAUAUUCAACUAAGAAACACCUCGAGAGCGACGGCGACGCACCGCAUGGCUCAAGUUGAACGUCAGUAGCUUUUUUACAUGGCGGUCGCCAUUUACUCCAUGAACUGCGUCAUCUUUUCUCACAAUCGCGACACACACUUUCUACUACAUUCCGUGGCACAUACUCUGUUUAUACUAUGCAUAUACAUACCGCGUUCAAGUGUGAGGGGCCUAAACGUGUCCGACCUUCCAACGUGUUGGCAUUUCUCGCUCUCGCUCAUAUUUGAAAUGAAAAGCUGAGCUUCAACGCUGAACGUUUAUCUUCUACUCAAAAGCUGUACGGAUCUCAAAUCCAAUGCAAUCCAACACCGCCAUCUACAGAGAUUGGUUAGUCAUUACAGUAGUUUACAAACCUGAAUUUCACAGACAAGCUGGGUGAGACCCUCUUCCAUGCCUACCAGUUGAAACAACUUGAAACUUGACAAAUAUAUACGUCGGUGGCAGCAAACGGAAUCUAUGCUGUAAUUGAUAUCAUGACAACAUACGAAAAUCAUUGAAGAAUCUAUGUUGUGAAAUGGUAGUUGUUCAACAAAUCCCAAAAUACCAAAACAACAGUUUUUAUCCUUUUUUUGGAAAGAGGUGCUAGUAGUUAGCAUUAUACGUGUUAGCAGUAUGUUUCUCAUUAAAGUUCACAGUUUUUUUUUUUAAAUGUGUCACAUUCUGAUGUAGUAGAAGUAUUGCCAAAGCUAACACGCGGUUUCCACUUUGUUUAAUUUCCCUGUCCCGCUUUGUCAUCACAACUCGUCUCGUCUGGCGGCCACAGAGACGCAAACAGGAUAUGCUCCUCUCUCCUCUACAUGUUUGCUCAACGCGGUGAGGCCAGUCCGUCAUGGGAGUUUAGCUGCUAACGUGCCAGCGUGCUAACGUGCCAGCCUGCUAACAGGCGAGCGGGAGAAUGUUUUUCCUCUAAAUGUAACAAAUUGUCAGUGGCAUCACGCUGCACUGAUUCACUCCAAUACAAAACGGCAGAAUCGAUCGGAUUGUUGCUGUUACAUCACCCACCGUUUGUUGCUAGGCAGAAUUUGUGGGCCACAAUCAUUACCUAUCCUGAAGUUCAAUUGGAGGAUAUUUGUGAGUCACGCCCACUUCAAAACAGGAAAUCCAUGACUCCAAAAACAGAUGAGACCAGUUUGAAAUUCAAUCACUCUUGUGUAUUAAAUAUAGAAUACAUUUGGGAAAGAAGGGACACCAUUGCAUUUUUUUAUAGCUGCUGGGGGACUCCUCCAAGUCCCUCUCAUGCGGACAGGAAGGCAAAAAUACCCAAUUUCUGGCGGCCUGACUGAUGUUUUGUCGUGGUCGUGGGAUCUCCAGUGUCGGCCGAUAUUUUAGCCUCUGGCGGUUAGAUACUUUCACGCUGUACCUUUUGGAAAAUGAGAAGCGCUCUUAACCACUUGAACGUGUCUUCAUUUAUUUUUAGCAUUCAUUGUUGCAUGUCAUACAUGUGUUUUAUAUUACGUGGUGUCGUUCAACAUUUACUGGAAGGGCUACGACGACAUAGCAACACCCAAAAUAUUUGAUAGUAUGUUGUUUGAUUUGUACUCCUACUACUAAAAGCUACAUAUGCACUGCUGACAUAAUAAAUGUGUUUAAACAGGUGAGCUUGCUUCUUGCUGGUAACGUUUCUUGAUUGACAGCCCCGAGGUGCAAUUACACUUAUGAACGUUUCCACAUGUGACGCACACGUGCUUACAUGUGACGCUGACAACUCUGUUAACCAGCACCAACUUUCUGGGGGGGAUUUCAUGUCAUCCAAUAAUAUUUCAAUACAAUAAAAAAAUAAAUUUAUGUGAAAAGUACCAACAGAAAACUAUUUUGUGGUUAUUUUUGUCCACAACAUUACAAAAAUGUUUGUAAUGUGUUUUGUAAUACGGAAAAAAAGCACUUUAUCACACUGUAC